GCUUUCAUGUCAUCUCAAUGUCAACCCUUUAGAUUGUCAUGGUGUGUAAAGGUUGAUUUUGUUUAUUCGAUUUUAUCAUAUUUUUUGCUAAUUGCAGCAUUACAAAAUAAAAAAAUGAAUAGAAUAAUUUUACAACAAUGUCGGUGCUUAAAAAAAUCAACCUUUUUGUGGGAGUCAAGACAAACUCAACAUUUUCCAUAUAUCACCCUUGCAAGAUCAUUAUCAUAUUACACAACUCAGCCUAUAGGAUUGCAACAUGACAUCACUCAAAAACCAUACAAUACAAGAGUAUACUUGUCACCAUAUAUUCGGCCAAUAUCUACUAGCAGCUAUGUAUUUGACAAAGAACCUCUCAAACCAUCCUCCAAAGUAGAGGCAACAGUGGAAACAAUAAAGAAAGGUAUAGAAGAAAAGGAAAAACUUGUGAAAAAAGAAGAACCCAAGAAAAAAAGCAUUAAGGAGCGUGUAAUGGAUGAACUGAGGCAUUAUUACCAUGGAUUCAGGCUAUUUUUUAUUGAGAUAAGAAUAUCAACCUCAUUGGUUUUAAAAUUAUUAAAAGGUCAAAGUUUAACACGUAGAGAGCAUAGGCUGUUGGUGACCACCAUAGGUGAUCUCUUCAGAAUGGUACCAUUUAUUGUGUUUAUACUUGUUCCAUUUUUGGAAUUUGCUCUGCCAAUAUUCAUCAAACUAUUUCCAAACAUGUUGCCAUCAACAUUUGAGAGUACAAGUCAGAAAGAAGCAAAGUUAAAGUCACAUUUGAAGGUAAAGUUGGAAAUGGCUAAGUUUUUCCAAGAGACCUUGGACCAGAUGGCGCCACAGGCUAGCAACAGGCAUUCAGAACUAGCUAAAGAGUUUGCUUCCUUUUUCAAAAAAAUUAGAACAUCAGGUGAUGUUGCAACAAGUGAAGAGAUUAUGAAAUUUUCAAAGUUGUUUGAAGAUGAAAUCACAUUGGAUUCAUUGCAGAGGCCGCAUUUAGUUGCUCUAUGUAAAGUUCUAAAUGUGUCAACAAUAGGGACUGGAGCCAUGUUACGGUUUAACCUCAAAAUGAAGUUGAGAUCUUUGUCAGCUGAUGACAAAAUGAUAGCAAAGGAAGGUGUUGAUAGUUUAAACUUCAGUGAGUUGCAGCAGGCUUGUAGGGCACGAGGGAUGAGGGCUUACGGUGUAUCUGAGGAGAGGUUGAAGAAAGAACUGAAGAACUGGUUGGAUUUGUCUUUAAAUGAGAAGGUCCCACCCUCUCUUUUGCUGUUGUCUCGAGCUCUGAUGGUUCCCGAGCAUGUGCCAACUACUUACAAACUCAAAGCCACUAUUUCAGCACUGCCUGAACAAGUUGCGAGUUUGACAAAGGCCGCCAUUGGUGAAAAGGAAGGCAAAGUUGAUUUUAAGGCUAAAGCUGAAGCUAUCAGACUGGAAGAGGAGAAAAUCAAGGAAGAGAAGAAAGAGAUGCAAGAAGCAGAACGAGAGAGGGAGUUGUUGGAGGCAAAGAAGAAAAUUAAAGAGGACCUCAUUGAUAAAGCACCUAUCAUUGACGUUGAAGCGGCUCCAGUGUUAACAGACACUGCACCCAUCAUCAAGGUCGAUUCCAUCAAGAAAUCGUCCGAGGAAGGUCUAUCUGGCAAAGACAUUGAAGUCAUUGAGGAUGCUUUAGAGAAAUUAGCUGAACAAAAGAAGUCUCUGCUUCUCGAAAAGGAGAGCAUCCAAGAGCUGAAGACGGAGUUGUCUGAGUACAGCGAGGAUGUCAAGGAGAUGCACGAGAUCGUCAAGACCAAACAGGCGGACAUCAAACUCACUAAGGGUGCUCGAAGAUUAUACCGCGCAGUGAACAACAUGAUCAGCAAACUGGACGCGGCGCUCCUCGACUUGGAGAAUAAGGAAAAAGCUCUCAAGUCUACCCUCAAGCAGACCACGACUGACCCUCAGAAGGCCAAGGAACAGCUGAUUCAGAUAGACGAGCUCAUGACUUCCAUAAAGAGCUUGCAGAAAGUACCUGAUGAGGCGAAGUUGAAGUUGAUACAAGAUGUGUUGGGCAGGUUGGACGAUGAUUUUGAUGGUCAGCUGAAAAUUGAUGAUGUUUUGAAGAUGUUAGAAAUAAUAGGCAACGAGAAUGUGAACCUAUCAGAGAAGCAGAUGGCCGAGCUGAUCGAGUUGCUGGACAAGGAGGAGAUCCUAGAAGUGGAGAGUAAGAUACAGAAGGCGCUCGAUAAGGCCGCCUCCGCUGCUAAGGAGCAAGAUAAGUCUAGUGAAUCCAGCGGGCGGAGUCUUUUCGAUCUGAUUCGCGAGGCGCAGAAGCGACGGGAGAUGAAGAAGGCUGAGAAGGCUGCGGAGAAGUUCAGCGAAGAACCACCAUUGCCGAAAAGCGACGACAUGGUCUCCAAAACCGAAGGAAAACGGCCCGAGAGCCACUGAGCAUUACUCUUUUCUAGCGAAGGUGUAAAUAUUAAGACAUAGGGUAAACCUUCGAUUCGGUUUGAUAGACAAAUCGCUGAUCGCGGACUUAGCCUUUAUAAAUCAAAACGUCGAUAGGUAUACUAAUGUAUUUUCUGUAUAAAAAUCAAUAUUUCGCUAGACUGUCCAACUUGUCUAUGGAUGGAAAACUGUCUAUGGAUUUGUAGAAAUUACACCUGUUAUUUUAAUGGAUGUUUAACAGUUAUUUACAAUGAUGUUUAUUAGAAAUGGAGUAAACAUAUUUUAAUGUUAAUUCCAUAACUUCCUUUCCAUUUAUUUCACAUCUGAGUUCUACUGUUGAAGAAUAAUAAAUUUAGUUUAUGUUGAAAACUGUAAACAUAACUAUAAAAAAAUAAAUUCGAUCCAUAGGCCAGGCCUUCCAAGACUAGCAAUGGAAGGAUAGGCAACGUCGAUCCAUAGACUCGAUUUAUUAUCUAUGGAAGUAUAUAUUUAUUAGUGGACCACGCGGUGUUGCAACUUAAUUUGACUUAACGUCGACGUACGAAUAUUAAUGUAGAUCAUUAAUUCGUGUUACCGUUGUGACAAUAAGCAUUUUGUAAACAUGUAAUCAAUCACAUGUAAAUAAUUGCAGAUUGAAGCAGAUUUUCCACACUGUACAAAACUUUUAUGUAUGGAAUGUCCCUUCUAAAACUGAAUAACUAAUGCAAAAUUCAUAGAAUAGGUUGAAUAAAUCAGAUUUAUUUCCAUUUGGUAUUUAACUCUUAUUUGAGUCUUCGAUAUCAAGCAAAACAUGAACUGUGUGUCUAAGUAUGUCCUGAUAGCUUGACAUAUAUAUUAUUAUACGAUUUGUCUAAUAACUUUCAUCAUUUUAAAAUGUUUUCAUAAAUAUUUGAGGUCUUAGUUUUUCAUUUCAUCUACGUCUCAUAAGUGCUAGAUGUCAGAUGCAAGUAUUUAGUAUAUAGUUAUUCAGUUUUAGCCUCGGCGCCUUGUGAAUUCUGUUUAUUUUUCAAUUCAAUGUUGCUACAGAGAUUUAUCUUUCGUUUUAUGCAUUUCUGUGAUCACUAUUCAUGUGUAAGUUUCUUUAGAUGUAUGUUAGCACAAAUUGUUUGUGUGCGCUGUGUAAUAUGAUAUCUCCUUCAUUAUGUAAUUUUAGUGAAUUGGAGGUACAAUGAGUACAUAAAGCACUGUAUAUAAUACAAUUAAUAUAUUAACAUUGUGUAUGACACAAGGUGAAGGUAAACAGAAAUGAAAUUAUUUUGUCAAACUGUUCGUUUUAAUAGAAGCAUACGAUUAUUUCUCUGUUAUUGCAGUAUGUAUACUGUAUUUUUUAAUCUGUGUGUAUUUUAAAUAUGACACAGCAACGAAGUUUAUUGUCAUCAAAGUUUCCAUUUUGGAUUGAAGAUUGCGUGUUGUAACUAAGUCCUUUAUUAAUUUUUGUAACCAAAUCUCUUUUAAAAUCACUAUCAAUAGCUCCCGUUGCACAUCUGAUAAAACUACGUACCUUUUAGUUUUAAUAAAAUAUGUGUAUAUUUUUUUGUAUGUUAUUUACGAAUAUUUAGAGCAAGAAUUAUCUAACUGAAGUACAUGUUAAAUAAUGCUAUGACAAGAUGUUGUCAGAUGUGCUAAAAGUUAAUAAAGAAUAAACCAGUUGGUAACAUGA